UAAACAGAAUCAAUAUGGCGGUGGAACGAGCAGGUCGAAAUGCCAGCGUUCUUUCCUCUGUGCUUCUGCAAAUGUUGCUUUACCUCUCUGCACUCUACAGCCUAUUCUACUUUUUUUCCAGCCUCUGCCUGAUCAUCUACAAAAGCCAGAUACUGAGUUACCCUGACAGUUAUUUGGCACGGGAUGUGUGUCUGCUUCUGGUUUUGGCUUUCCUGGAGGUCUUAAGAGUCCACUGGGGAGUGACAGGCAACCUACAGGAGAGUGAGUGGUAUGUAGGUGCCAACCUCAUUAUCACAGGAGCCACGCUGCUGCUGUCAGUCUACUUCCUCGUAUGGCAGUCAUAUGUGCUGAGGGCUGAUGUCAUCAUUAAUGGCUUUCUGCUCUGUCUCAAUGGCCUUGCUGGACUAGUUGGCUUUGGAGCUCUUGCACGCUUCACCAGUGUUUAUUCAUGACACACUGGGGUUGUUCUCAUGGUACAAACACCAUGACUACAAUUGGACUUCAUUUGGCUUAUGGGCUCCGUGAUGCACUGCUGCUGAGGCUGGUGAUUGUGUGACAUACCUGUCCCCAUCAGUCUGAAGUGGAAUUAAGUUAUUUGAACUGAUCACUUUGAAUUGCUAUGCAAUAAUUAACUGAUUUGAAAUUUCACUGUUUAAAGUAGUAUGGACUAUAAAAAGCCAUCAAAUGCCAAAUAUGCAUUUUUGGUAUGGUUGUUUAUUUUCCUUUUGCAAUGGUUUUUACAAUUUUCAAAAGAUUUAAUGACAUGCAUCACGGAAAAAACAAUUUAGAAACAAGCUACAAUUGCAUUAAUGAUGGUAAGACACUGUGUAAAUGAUUACAUCCAAUUUAUUAAAAUGUUCUGCUGCUGGUUUAAUAUAAAGAUUCCCAGCCUUGACCCUUUAAAAUAUCAAUAAAAGAUCUGCAAGAAUUUUCACAUACAAACAUAAAAUAUCAACUUUAUUGAUAUGUAUUACCGUAGCUCAUGCAGCUUUCUAGCUGGCUACAAAACGUGGGCCAAAAUAUUCACUUGUACUGUUAACAUUAAUGAAAAACUAUGGAAAUAAAAGCCUCAUUCCUUAUUUACUUUUAUAUGUGGAUUGUUUAGAGACUCAUCACACUUUGCAUAUGGUUACAGUGUUGUUAAUAAAGUCUCAAUUUGAUCUGUCCAGGUAAAUUUAUUUUAUUCACUGCCAAAUGACUGAAAAAUUAUGUGUGUGUGUGUGUGUGAAUGCUUUGUUUUUUCCCUGACCAUGUAAAAUGCAUAGAUAUUUUCAGAUAGAUCGAAUUUUUAAUGAGUCAUUUUAUUAUACUGAAAUGCUCCAGCAGAGGGCUUGUGUUUAUACGAUAACAUUUGUGAGCUAAUGUGUUCCUAGAGGCUUUAAUCUUUUAGUAAUUUUGCAACAACAGAGUACAUUUUGUGUCGGGUAUGUGUAAGAAAGUAAGGCAGAGAGACUAACGGAGUUGGUAGUUGGAAAGUCUGUGAAAGUCUGUGCGUUUGUUGCAGCAGAGUAGAUUGCAUCCUGAAUGAAGUGAGAGUGGGAAAAGUAAAAACAUUUUACGUAGAUAAGCGCAGUUUCAGUAAAUAUGGAAUAUGGUGUUAGGUGAUGUUAUGUUUAAAUAUGAUGUGUUUUAAUGUUUGUUGAUUUUGUGCUUUAUUUUUGAUGUGUCGAUAAUCUGUUUUGUAUUUUGUGUGCAAGGGGCUGAGUCACGUUUUUAUUCCCUCUAGGUUUGUUCCCGCUAUGAAUUUUCUUUGAUUCUGAGUUUUUUUGUGAUGUAGGGUUUUAUUAGGUGUGGUGUGGAAAUAUUUGAGUUAUCACAGACUGUAUUGACAAAGUGAUUUUUGCACGUGUGAUAGUAACAACGUUAAAUGUUCGUGAAGCCCCUUUGUGCCUAAACUCAGAACCCGAUUUUCCUCUCGGUGUGUUUUGUGGUCUUUAGAUUGUAUUAAUAAACUUGUCUGCCCUGG